AUGAAGACCAUCAAGCGAGGCCAUGUUACUUUGAAGUGCUUCAUCGUCGAUGCCGCCGACAAAGAAGCCAUACCUGUCGCGAAGGAGGAGCUCCACAUCUUGCUCGAGAAGCCUGCUAUGGAGGGUAUCCCGCUCUUAGUCCUUGGCAACAAAUCGGAUCUGCCAAACCACGCCGACACGAACGAGCUCAUCGACGUUUUGGACUUACAGUCUGUGACGCACCGAGAGGUCAGCUGCUACGGGAUCAGCGCCAAAGAAGAAACCAACCUUGAUGCUGUUCUUAAAUGGCUCAUCAGCAAAGCGAAGAAGGGGGGCACCGAAUGA